AUGGUCGGUGCCUAUCUUAAAGAUGUCAGUUUCAAUCACUGGGCACGCUCAUUCUCAGAUGGCAAGCGAUUUGAUAUCAUAAUGAAAAAUAUUGCAGAAUGCUUGAAUGCAGCCUUGACGAAUGCACAAAAAUUGUCGAUUCAAUAUCUGAUGGAGUACAUCAGGAAUAUGCAUCAACAUUGGUUUUAUGAGAGACAGGGUGAUGCUAAUGGGAACUCCGGUGGCAUAAUUGAAUUGAAUGCGAGAAGUUGCACAUGUCGAGUGUUUGAGUUCGACCAAUUGCCAUGUGGACAUGCCCUGGUUGCUGCACGUUCAUGCAUCAUUGACCCAUACACCUUGUGCUCCUCAUACUACCAAACUAAAGCUCUCCUGGGUGCUUACAUAGAUUCUAUAAUGCCGGCGGGCAGUCAAGCUGAUUGGACCGUGAUGGAUGAAAUUACUUCUUGCUUAAUUGCUAUCGUCGGGUACUGGAUGCAAAUGUGGAAGGAUGACAUAAAGGCUGAUGAUGUAUUGGCAGCAACCACGUUGAAAUUCAAAUAA